AUGUCUACAAUGCGAACGCAACACCACGACUGCGCUUCAGCGGGGAGAGUAACGGCUAGGCUCCUACUGUCCUUCCUGGUUUUGUCGCCCGUAUCGAAAGCAGAGCGUUCGCAUCAGGACGUCCAACUACCAGUCAUAGAGCCUCAGAUACCUUUACCACCCCAAAGUACCGAUCAUGACUUUACCUUAAGACAUAUCUUCCAUCAUGGGACCUAUCAGCACCCAGGCCUACAUAGACGACUUGACAUUCCACCCGAAGCCUCUUUGUUGGUUACAUAUGACGAUGACACGACGAAGCACUAUACUGCGCCAAAGUCACUCAAAGCUCGAGCUGCACCCUUGAAGAUACAAAGAUUGGCGGAUAGAACAAGGUCAACUAUAGAUUCUAUGCUUGAGACGAGCCGCAUGACCGGAAAAGCAGCGGACCUUCCAAUAUCAGCUUGGGUCGAGGAUGAGAUCAAGGGCCCUAAUGUUACCGAUCAAGAGACUGUACUGAGCUUCGCUCGUAUGGCGGCUGACGCGUACGUGAUAACACCGAGUCAAAGCGACUGGUUACCCGUGGGAGGAGGAUUCAACUAUACCGAGGACUUCGGCUGGGAGACUGAUGGGCUUCGUGGCCAUAUAUUCGCAGACACCGACAAUCGGACCGUUGUGAUUGGCCUCAAAGGUACCUCACCGGCUAUGUUUGACGGAGCUGAGACCACGACGAACGACAAGAUCAAUGACAAUUUGUUUUUCAGCUGUUGCUGUGGGCAAGGUGGUCAAUUCAUGUGGAAACGCGUCUGUGACUGCCAGAUGGAUACGUACCAGUGCAACUCCACUUGCUUGACCAAAAGCCUCCGGGCAAAAAACCGUUACUACUACGCGGCACAAGACUUGUACCACAACGUAACAGCUUUGUAUCCAAAUGCGGAUGUAUGGUUGUCUGGUCACUCACUCGGAGGCGCUGUGAGCAGUAUGCUUGGACUCACGUUUGGUCUACCGGUCGUUUCAUUUGAGGCGGUCCCAGAAGCUAUGCCUGCUGCCAGGUUGGGUCUACCAGUACCUCCUGGCGAUACUGUUGGCAGUAUGUCAGCACGGGCAAGCACAGGGGGUUUCCAUUUUGGGCACACCGCAGACCCUAUAUAUAUGGGGCUAUGCAAUAGCGCAAGCUCAAUCUGCACCAUUGCGGGAUACGCAAUGCAGAGCGUGUGUCAUACGGGCUCUAAAUGUGUAUAUGACACUGUGAAAGACUUCGGCUGGCGUGUCGGAAUCGGAUCGCAUAAGAUCGUCAGUGUCAUAUCUGAUGUCAUCGAGAAGUACGAGGCUCCGCCAAAAUGUCAACAGUAUUCGAACUGUUCGGACUGUUUUCUUUGGGAUUAUUACGAAAGCAACGGCACUGAGACGACCACAACAAGACUACCAAUCACGACAUCAUCAUCCUACACGCGGACAAGAACCACCACUUGCAAAACGCCAGGUUGGUGGGGCUGUCUGGACGAGUCUACAACCGAAGACAGCACGACGACCACGACCUCAUCGUCAAGCACUUCUACAUGCAGGACUCCUGGUUGGUUCGGAUGUCUGGAUGAAACCAGCACGACCACGACCACGUCCAUUUCUAGUAGUAGCGGGUCUGCAGCACCAGCACCCACAGUCACUACGACCUCGAUCUCUGAACCUACUGCAACAUCGUCUUGUGCUACCCCUGGAUGGUUUGGUGGAUGUCUUGACCCCUGGCCAUCUAUUACCAGUAUGCCAGCUAAACUGACCAGUCGCCCAACGACUCUACCAGCUGCGACGAGCUGCACAUCUUCGAAAUGGUUUGGGAUUGUUUGUGCGGAUGUAAAGGGUCAAUCGCACGAAGAGAUUUAG